GCUCCAUUUCCUGUUCUGCGCAGUGGCGUGGAAACAGUGAUGGCGGUGACUGAUAAAUCUACGAAAGAGCGGUUAUUAUCGGUACUGGACGAUUUAGAAGUGUUAUCCAGGGAAUUGAUAGAGAUGCUUGCACUGUCAAGGAGCCAAAAACUCCCCCAAGGAGGCGAGGACACCCAGAUCCUGGAGCUGCUGGUGAAGCGAGACAGAGAGUUCCAGGAGCUGAUGAGGGUGGCACAGGAGCAGGGCAAGGUGCACCAAGAGAUGCACGUCCUGGAGAAGGAGGUGGAGAAGAGAGACUGCGACAUCCAGCAGCUCCAGAAACAGCUGAAGGAGGCUGAACAUAUACUGGCGACUGCUGUAUACCAAGCAAAGGAGAAGCUAAAAUCUAUUGAUAAGGCCAGAAAAGGGAGUAUUUCCUCAGAAGAGAUCAUCAAAUAUGCCCACAGGAUUAGUGCCAGCAAUGCAGUGUGUGCCCCUCUCAACUGGGUACCAGGUGAUCCACGUAGACCUUACCCGACUGACCUGGAGAUGCGCAGUGGAAUGUUGGGUCACAUGAGCAAUCUGCCAACUAAUGGCGUGAACGGACACCUCCCUGGAGAUGCACUGGCUGCUGGGAGAUUGCCGGAUGUGCUUACACCCCAGUACCCCUGGCAAUCGUCCGACGUCUCAGUGGGUAUGCUCCCCCCGCACCAUGGCAACGACUUUGGGCUGGAGCCCCCCGGCCACAACAAAGAGAACGAGGACGACGUGGAAGCCAUGUCUACAGACUCAUCCAGCAGCAGCAGCGACUCGGACUGACUGGCUGAGUGUGUGUCUGUCCAUCAGCCCGCCCACCUGUGUGUAUAUAUCUGUAUCAUCAGCUGACUGUGUGUUGGGAAUUGGACACUCCCAGUACCUCGUAGAGCCAGCGAUCCAUCACACCCAUAACCUAUACGAAAAGCUAGAGUUUGAUCACUCUGACCCUCUCUUUUCCCAGCUUGUUGAUGAAACAUUUGUACUAAAUUAUCUGUCAUCCCCAAUGUAAUACACUAUAUAUACUUUUGAAUGUGGGCACCCCUUCAAAUUAGUGGAUUUGGCUAUUUCAGCCACACCCGUU